AUGCCAGACAUGAUCAAAUCGCCUGCUGACCUCAAAACCGCCCCUUUCGAUGCCCGGUUUCCUAACCAGAACCAGACAAGGCAUUGUUACCAAAGCUACCUGGACUUCUACCGCUGCCAGAAGGUGCGCGGUGAGAGCUACGAGCCUUGCAAUUACUUCAAACGGGUUUACAAGUCUCUGUGCCCCAACGAAUGGGUAGACAAGUGGGACACCCAACGUGCCGAGGGUACCUUCCCCGGCAGGAUC